AUGCCUCACCACACCCUCACACGAGACGAAGUCUCCAAAAAUAACACCGAGGAAUCUCUCUGGUUUAUAAUCGACAGCAAGGUCUACGAUGUCACUGAAUUCGUCGAUGCUCACCCAGGAGGAGAAUCCGUCUUAAAACAAGUUGCCGGCACAGACGCAACCGAAGCAUUCUAUAACCUACAUCGACAAGAAGUCCUACAAAAAUACUCGAAUUUAUGUAUUGGCACAAUUGAAGGCGAGAAAUCGCAAGUUAUUGAACAGAAUGUCGGGGAUUUGAGUGUCGUACCAUACGGAGAACCUACAUGGUUAACUCCACAAUUUAAGAGUCCUUAUUAUAAUGAAAGUCAUAGGAGGUUGCAAAAGGCAAUGAGAGUUUUUACGGAUCAAUAUGUGACACCUGUUGCUCAGGAGUGUGAAAGAACUGGGGCGCAUAUUCCACAACAUUUGAUUGAUCGAAUGUCGAAGAUGGGGAUCUUACAUAUGAGACUGGGCCCAGGGAAACACUUACAUGGUGUUAACCUUAUGGAUGGCGCAGUGAAGGGGGAGGAGUUCGAUUAUUUUCAUGACAUGAUCGUUGGACAGGAGAUGGUUCGCGCUAAUGCAAGAGGAUUUCAAGACGGUAAUAUGGCUGGUAUGACCAUUUCCCUGACGGCAGUUCUUCAAUUCGCCAACGAUGAGGCAUGGAAGAACAAAAUUGCCGCAGAGGUAUUUAGUGGGAAGAAGAAAAUUUGUUUGGCUAUUACCGAAGCAUUUGCCGGAUCUGAUGUCGCAGGUAUUCGAACAACGGCAGAGAAAACCAAAGAUGGCAAACACUAUAUCGUAAAUGGUACUAAGAAAUGGAUCACUAACGGAGUCUUUUGCGAUUACUUCGUAACUGGUGUUAAAACAGAUAAGGGUCUGUCUGUCGUAUUGAUUGAAAGAGGUGAGGGUGUAGAGACAACACCAAUAAAAACCUCCUACUCACCCACAGCUGGAACUGCCUAUGUCACUUUCGAUAACGUAAAGGUACCAGUUGAGAAUCUCUUGGGAGUAGAGAACAAGGGUAUCCACGUCAUCCUUAGUAACUUCAACCAUGAAAGAUGGAUGAUGGCUAGUGGUGUCACUCGCAUGAUGCGGCUAGCAACAGAGGAGUGUAUCAAGUGGAGUAAUCAACGAUUGGUAUUUGGCAAGAAAUUGACUGAUCAGCCAGUCAUCCGACAAAAGCUUGCUAAGAUGAUAUCUCACUGUGAGGCGAACCAAGCAUGGUUAGAGAAUAUCACAUAUCAGAUGACCUUGAUGCCAUACAAACAACAAGCGACUCAUCUCGCAGGUCCAAUUGGUCUCCUUAAGAUGUUCGCUACCCGCUCAGCUCAUGAAUGUGCAGAUGAAGCUGUGCAGAUUUUUGGUGGACGUGCACUUACUCAGAGUGGGAUGGGAAGAACCAUUGAGAUGUUCCAUAGAACGUACAAAUUCGAUGCUAUCUUAGGUGGAGCCGAGGAGGUAUUGGGCGAUUUGGGAGUGAGACAGGCCCUCAAAAACAUGCCAAAGAUCAAGUCAAAUUGCUCUACAAUCAUGUCCAAUAGAGUCAGCGACCUCCCAUGGCCAUCCACAAUACCAGACGAUGAAUAUGCUGAAAUAGCUGCUGGUCUUCCUGCGAAAGAUGAACCGUUCAUUAACAAGUACAUUGGUGGAAGAGAAGCACUUAUAGACCAGGAAAAACAGCAGCGCAGUGAUUAUGCAUUCAGAUCCGCUCUCUCACCUCUUGCGCAAGAAGCCUGCAACAUCGUCUCCCGAAUCCGUCUCGAAGAACAAGCCUCGACGUGGACCUCAGAAUUCGAGAACCAUGUUGCGCAAGAAACGGGGAAGAAUAUAUAUCCAGGUAUGAUGUUUAGUCUGGCAAAGGAAAGGAUGGAGAAGACGAAAUUAUGGCAGAUUGUGAAGAAGAUGCCUAAGGGCGCGCUUCUGCAUGCGCAUAUGGAUGCGAUGGUCGACUAUGAUUUCUUGUUUGAAGAAAUGCUGAAAACAGAGGGCAUGUGCAUUUUCUGUGAUAGAGCUUUGGAUUCGCCUGAAAAUAGGGAGGCGGGCCCCGUUAAGUUUAGGUUCAGGAAGAAGGGAGAUGGAGAAGGUGCAGAGAUUUGGAAGGAGGGGUAUAAACCAUUCAGCUUUGUGCCCUUGAAGGAUGCUGCGGACGCUUUUCCUGAAGGUGGACGAGAGGGAUUCUUGCGUUGGCUUCGAAGUCGAUGCACUAUUACUGAUACUGAAUCUAUCGAACAUCAUCACGGUGUUGAUGCAGUUUGGAGAAAGUUCUCUUCGGUCUUUACGAUUUUGAACACAGUCAUCUUCUAUGAGCCUAUAUUCAAGGCAUUCAUGAAGAGAAUGAUGCAGACUUUACUUGCUGAUGGCGUCAAAUGGGUUGAUCUACGACUGGCUUUCACAUUUUUUUACUAUCGUGAAGGUCAAGAGAAAGCAGAUGAUACAUACAGCAAUAUGUUCAAAGUUUUCGGGGAGGAAAUCGAGAAGUUUAAGGCAUCAGAAGAGGGUAAGGGAUUCUGGGGAGCAAGGAUGAUUUGGACUGGUCUUCGAGUUUUGGAUACAAGAAAGAUCGUAGAAGAUAUGGAUGCUUGUUUAACAAUCAAGAUGACUUAUCCGGAUCUCAUAUCCGGAUAUGAUCUUGUUGGUCAAGAAGAUGCUGGAAGACCAUUAAAAGACCUUUUGCCAGAGCUUUUCUGGUUCAAGAAACAGUGCGCGCAAGAAGGAGUCGAAAUACCUUUCUUCUUUCAUGCAGGAGAAUGUCUUGGUGAUGGCAGCGAUACUGAUCAGAACCUCUUCGAUGCUGUUCUACUCGGAACUCGUCGCAUUGGUCAUGGAUUUUCCUUAUACAAGCAUCCUUUAUUGAUUGAUUUGGUCAAGGAAAAGAAAAUCCUCGUGGAAAGUUGUCCAAUCUCGAACGAGGUCCUUCGCCUUUGCGCUUCGAUCAUGUCACAUCCUCUACCAGCGCUUCUCGCACGAGGCGUUUCCUGCUCUCUCUGUAACGAUGACCCUUCGAUUCUUGGUCAGGAUGUUAAUGGUAUGACACAUGAUUUCUGGCAAGCUCUGCAAGGCUGGGAUAAUCUUGGACUUGCUGGCUUAGGUUCGCUGGCUGAAAAUAGUGUAAGAUGGGCAGCGUUCGAGGAUCAAAGCGCUGGCAAAUGGUUAGAGGAUGUUAAGGAAGCUUCCAUGGGUAACGGUGUGAGGGCGAAGAGAUUGCAAGAAUGGAGCGUGGAAUGGGAACAAUUUUGUUUGUGGAUAGUAACGGAGUUUGGAGAUGAUGAGGAUAGUGCGAGAAAAAUCAGAGAAGAUGGGGAUGGUCCGUUGGCUGCUCAGGAUUGA